AUGAAGGGAAGUAUAGAAAGUUAUUUUAAUAACCCAAAAAACUUAAAAACUAAGAAAGUUUAUGAAGAUGAUAUUAGCAAGAAGUUAUUAUGUGAGGCAUCUACUUCUACAGAGAUAAAUAAAGAUGUUGAAGAUUUCAACAAUAGUUUUGGUGACAUUUUGGCUUCUAAUUAUGAAGAAGAACAACUACAAGACUCAAGUAAUAAUGAUAGCAACAAUAGUGGUGAACAUGUGAGUUGUGCUACAUUUGUUGAUAGUGUUGAUAUAAAUGCUUCUAUAGAUUCUUUCUCUUGUACACUUGAAAUAUCAAAAACAACACCAGGUCCAAAAGAUCUUGCUCAACAUUUGGAUGAUGGACCAAAACAACCCAUAUUAGUAUUUUAUCCAAAAACAAUGUUUUCUAAUAGAAUGAGACAUUUCUCAGAUAAAUGGUACAAAAUGUUUAAUUGGAUCGAAUACAGUAUAAUGGAUGAUGCAGUAUUUUGUUUUCCUUGUCGUUUUUUUUCUAAGUAUUAUGACUUACACACUGUGUUUAUUACAAUUGGAUUUAAACAAUGGAAAAAAGCUUUAGACAAAAGUUCAGGUUUUAAACAACAUGAAUCAAGUAGUGAACACAAAAAAUGUCAAUUAGUAAAAGAGAAUCGUAAAUACAUCCAGUAUAUUGGAAAAGCGUUGUUCUUCACUGCUGUUCAAGGUAUUGAUCAAAGAGAGGAUGACGAAAGUGAAAACGGUGUCAACCGUGGUAAUUUUCUGGAACUUGUACACUUGCUGGAAUAUUUCAAUGAUGAUUUUAAGCAAAAAAAGCAAUCACUUCCAAAUAAUUCAAAGUAUAUCAUCCCUAGCAUGCAGAAUGAAAUACUUACAGUUUUUGGUCAAAUGGUACGGGAUAAAAUCAGUAACGAAUUACAAAAAUGUGAAUACUUUGCAAUUAUGGUUGACGAAACAAAGGAUAUUAGUAAAAUUGAGCAGUUGUCUGUAAUAUUGAGGUAUUACCUAGAUGGUAUUGUCUACGAGAGAUUUAUGGGUUUCCGUGCUGCUGGUUCUUUAUGUGCUACAUCUUUAUUUACAUAUAUUAAAGAAAUACUUACUAUCAGUAAUGUUGACAUAAAAAAGUGUGUGGGACAAACUUAUGAUGGUACCAAUGUAAUGAGUGGUAAAUUUAAUGGCGUGCAAGCAUUAUUCGCAAAGAAAUGCCACAGGCUUUAUAUGUGCAUUGUUACAAUCAUCGCCUGA